AUUCUUUGUGGGUGUCAAAUAAUUAAAAUGCAAUUUUCUAAGCAUUAUUUUAUAACUAUUACUUUUACGGUUCUUGCAAAUUUGAUUAUUGAAACUGCUUCUUUUGAAAAAUUUAAAGACUACUUUGGAGAUAUAGCAUUCAAAUAUACAGAGGAUAUCGAUCACAUGUUAACUAACUCAACACUGCUUGGUCUAGACAAAUUUUCAAGCGUGGUGGAUAAAUACUGUGCUCUUAAAAAUAUUUUAUUGAGUUAUGAUCUUAAAACAUAUUAUACAGAAUUAUUUAGUACAGUUAUUUUGAGAAUAGUGAAGCAUGAGCAAGAAGGAUAUUUCAAGGACCCUAAACCCGAAUCAUCCCAAACCCCUAACACCCCUAAACACCCUUAAAAAAUCAAACACCCGAAACCCAUAUAACCCGAAUGAUUCUGUUUUCCUAACACCUGUAUUAAUCAAAACCCGAAUAUUUUUUUUUAUUUUUUUAAUCUUCAUGUGAUAUAUAAUUUUGUAUGUAUUCAUGUGGCGAGUUCUAUUUAGUAGAGUUAAAUAAUUAAUAAUAACAAUAACAGGAACAAUCUUACAAUCAAUCAUAGGUAAAUUCAAUAAUUAUUUACAGAUAUUUUCAACCAGAUUACUCAACAACCGUAUUAACAAAUAUUAACCCGAAUAAUAACGGUUUUGAAAACCCAAAUGUUUGUUUAAAUUUUUUAUUCCGGUGUUUGAACACCCGAAACCCAAAUAAAUGAUUCGGGUGCUAAGCCCUGGAUAUUUUAUAUUAUGAAAAUUUCUGGUGUCUAUGAAACUCUCUUUACAAGAAAAAGUUUUAUUUUAUAAAAUAAUCAAUAUUUUUGUUACUUUUAAAUUAUUAAUUUUAAUUUAUAUUCUAUUUAGUAUCUAUAUUCAUGUUAUACAGUAUAAGAACUUUAAAUAUUACA